UAUCCAAGUGGCUGCGACUGUCGACAUUGUCCUUUUGUACAUGGUCGGUUACAGCCACUGGCGUCUGAGAGAAUGGCGGAUUUGUCGGCGCAGCUUUCCACCAUUCUGAUCGAACGACACUCUGCGAAACCACUCGCUGGUGAUGAAUACUCGUCGACCGCAGUCCUCGACUCUUUUUUGAAGGAGGCAUAUCAGAUUAAUCGAUCGAUUACCACCCUGCUUUCGUACCUUCGAGCUAUUCGCACACCAUACCUUUCUAGCGCCCCGGCUCCCCGACCAUCUCGACGUCCACAGUCCAUCAAGUCGGCAUUGGUACCAACUGGCCCAGUUCCAGAGCACCUCACAGACACACAACGAGAAGCGAUCGAUGGGGAGACAUCAUCAGUCCUCCGAGAAAUUAAUAGUCAAAUUACAAACAUUUCCCGCGCUGUUGACAUUCAGCACGAUACAUCGACCAAGAUUCUAGAGAAGAAAUAUGGAAAGCCAAACUCGGCAAUUUGGCGAUGGGCAGCGGGAGAGGGCGACACGCCAGACGCUGGGAAAUCAGACGAACAGAUCACAGAGGAGGGAAAAGUCAAGACACAGAAGACAUUCCGGGAUGGGGUGCUAUGGUACCUGAGCAACCGUUUGAAAGAAUCGUUGAAUGUGCAGCAAGAGAUGGUGGAGCAGAGGCUGAACCGAGAACGAGAUAAACAGAUGAGCAUUCUUCACGACCCUAGGAACAAGGGAGUAAAAAGCAGUCUGGAGUUUACAGGACAGGGCAAUCGGGAUCUCCGUGGACACGACAAAUAUAAUCCAGCUCUUGACCCGUCACAAGGUGGAGAGCAAGAGCUAACUCCAGAGCAACUGCAGUUAUUCGAAGAGGAGAACCGGGGCAUCUUUGAACAUUUUAAUGAUCAAUUGGCCAAAGUGACACAGGUGGAGAAGAGCCUGAUGGAAAUUGGGAGUCUACAGCAAACUCUGGUCGGUCAUCUAAGUGUUCAGGGAGAGAUGAUCGGACAGUUGGUGGAAGAUGCUGCGUCGACAGAUGAGAAUGUGCGCAAAGGUAACAAAGAGCUUCAACGGGCGAGUGAGAGGGCCAGCACUGCGAGACUGGUGUUUUAUGCCACCGUUGGGCUGUGCUCUUUUCUGGUGGUUUGGGACCUGGUCAUUUGAGAUAUAUCAUAGGACCUGACGCUGCUAUAGUGCUUCUGGAGAUACAAUGAAGCUAUCUCGUACUAUAUGUUGCUCUUUCCAUGCAUAGGGAUGAUG